UGCAGGUCAGUGACCACAUUAUCAAAGACAAGAUAGGAUUUAAGUAUAGGGGCCAACAGAUAACAGUGGAGCCCUUCAAUCAAAAUUCUACUGAAGAGUUGAGAAUUACUGUUUCUGGUAUUCCCUCCAAUUUUGAUGAAGUAUGUUGUGCUAAGUAGUUAUUUGUCUCAGGACUUUUGCUUAAGCAUUUACUUUCUCAUGUCAAAUUGUAAUUGUUCUUACAGGAGAUGGAGGCAUUCCUUAAAUUUUCUUUGAAUGAAAUUUGCUGGGAGGCAGGUGUUGUGCCUAAAGGAGAGGAGGCAGCACUACAUGUAUCAUCAGUCUCCAGCUGGGAUACAGUAGUUGUACAGUUCAUCAAUGGUCAGUGUGUAAAUCACCUUAUUCUGUUGGAGAAAUUCCUUUUUGAUGGGCACAAUUUGAAGUUAAUGAAGUAUGAGCAAACUGCAGAAGAACUUUCCAUUACCAUUGACCAUGAUUUGGAGGGUGAUGACCUCACUUUGCAUGAAGAAUUAAAAUACAGCUGCCAUGUGCAAGUGAACAAUGUUUCACAAACAUAUAAUCAGAAAACAUUUGGAGAUUGUAUUCAAAAGGCCAUGGAAAAAGCAGGGUUUGCAACAGAGGGUGAACCUUGUUUUAACCACCUCCUAUAUGAUGCCUUGAAGGAAAAUGUCAUUGUGAAGUUCUCAACCUCAGAAGAGGCAAACCUAGCUGUUCAUUUGGAUAAUAUUAUUUAUGAGAAGAAAUUGUUGUCAUUUAAAAAAAUUGGUACCAGCAUGAGCACCAAAAGUAGUGUCUUAAAUGAGUCUAAUGAUGUAUUCAUUGAGGAAAACAAUGAAAAGGUUGACAUCUUUGGUACUGAAGGUACUAAUAUAUUCCUUAAAGUCAUGGCCCGCUUCAGGGAUGAUAUCCCUGCUGGAGGAAGCCAUGACACUUUCCUGGAAACUAUUCUCCCAGUAAUGUCUAGCAUGGGAGUCUCUACUAACAUCAUUGACAUGCGUAAAAGAAAAGCCGCACUUCGGGAGCAGUUUAGACGAAAUUGUAAGUCUGGAAAGACUAAUCAUCCUCUCUAUAAUGUACAUAAUGUAAUUUUCAACAAUGCAAGUAAGGACUCUCUCAAGGGGACCUUCUUUGAAUGGAAAAAAAAUGAUGAGGACUGUUCAGUAACUUCAGUCACUUCAGAUGACUUAUUCCUUGAUGAUCUUGCACAUUUCUCUGAGGCAUCAUCUUGGACAAUCAACUCAGAACUAGCCCUAGUGCAGUUGUUCCUCGAUCACAAAGAGGAUUACAAUAAUGCCUUGGGGAAGACUGACUUCUGGCGAAUGAUCAGCCAGAAAUUGCUUGAUAAAAAGUACGUGCACAAAUGGCAGGCUUGCCAAUCGAAAUACAACUCACUCAGUUCGGAGUAUCGGAGUCUCUGUGAUGAUGCAACCAGUACUGGGAGUGCAGGACUACUGCAAUUAGUUAAAAAUGAGGGCACCAGAGCCGUUAUGGAGGUGAUGCACCAAAUAAAGCAAUAUGAUGUGGAUGCCAAUCCAGAAAUUACAAUGAGUGCUGGUGUCAGUGUCAGCAAACAGGUUCGCCCUCCUCAACAUAGGGGACGGACUCGUCAUCCAGGAAUAAAGAGAAAGAUUGACAGGCAGGAGCGACAGGCAACAGCUGAGGAGUCACAGGCACAAGCUAUAAUGUUAUUUGCAAAGGCAUACGCAUUUAGCAAGGGAAUGCCCCUUCCACCAGAGUAAAGUAUCCUCCAAAUUGUACUAAUGCCUGUCUGCAAUUAAAG